AUGGGCUGCACGACCUCCCACGACGCCUUCGCCGCCGCGGUCACCUCCUCCAGCUCCCGGGCCAGGGCGCGCCGCGCGUCCGCGUCCGGAGGAGACCCCGCUGCACUGUGCCGCGAGCGCGUGGCGCUCAUCCGCGCCGCGGCCGACAGCCGGUACGCGCUCACUGCGGCGCACGCCGCCUACUUCCGCUCGCUCGCCGCCGUCGGCGACGCGCUCCGGCGCUUCGCGGCGUCCGCGCUCGCGCCCGCCACGCCCGAGUCCUCCUCGCCGGUGCUCACGCUCCCGCCUUCCCCCGCCAAGCCGGUCGCCGCGGCUACCGCGUCCGCCAGCGUCCCGCCGUCGCCGUCGUCCUCGUCGUCCACCGUCUCGCCGCUCUCGCACUCCCUCUCCGACGACGACCUCCAUCUCCAUGACCUUGACGACACCAGACAUGGAGGCGGCGGUGGCGGGAGCGAGGAGGCGUCGACGAGGUACCACCACCACUUCAUGAGGAGAUCGUCCACCGUGCCCACCGUGGUGUAUGAGGACCCCGACGCCCAGACCCAGUACACAACAGCCGAGGCCAGCUACGGAUACGCCUACGGCGACGGGUACGGCCACGCCUACGGAAAUGGCUACGGCCACAGCUACGGGCCUGCGUACCCGUACGGGCCCUACGGCGAGGUAAUUGCGGAGAGACCCCGGAGGCGGCGCCGAGGCAUCCUGGGCCGCCGCCUUCGCCCCCGACAGCGGAGGCCUCGCCGUGGGAAUUCUUGGACCCGUUCGCACACAAGCUGCAGAAGAAUGCUACCUCAAAGGGCGAUUCUCCUGGGGGCAAGCUGCACAGGGAUGCCACUUCAAUCAGCGAUUCUUCUGGUGGCAAGCUGCAGAGGAAGGGAUCAGAACCACCUCCUGAUGGCAAGUUACAGAGGAAGGGAUCGGAGCCGGCUGCUGAUGCCGAAGGCGAGGGAGAAACCAGUGUCUAGAAAUGAUUCCGUGCCAAGCAAUGCCAGCUCGAAAAGCAAAGAAGAGAGGAAGAAGAACACGGUGAGCCUAAAGGGCACAGUUAGCAGUGGCACUGAUGGCAGCAGCACCAGUGGGAAGAAGAAAGGUGUGGCCUUCGAAGCAGAGCAAUCCAUCAGAGCAGCAGAAGGAGGUGGGGAGAGCCAUGGCAAGUCAAUCCAGUCGGUGGCGAGCAGCGAGCCAUUCUCGCCAUUGCAUCAUGGGACGAGGGAUGUCAGAGAGGCGAUUGGUGAGGUCAAGGAGCUAUUCGAUGAGGCGGCAAACUGCAGCACAGAUGUCUCAAGGCUGCUGGAGGUGGGGAAAAUGCCUCCCCGCGACACCCCAAGAGUUCUUAGAUAUAUCUCUUCCAGAGUGAUAGAUCCGCUAGGCCUUACUGUGUCGACAUCGUCUUGCCUCCGGAAAUCACAUGGCAUGAAGUCAAGAGCAUCAAGCAGCAAGGCAAACACUUCAGCUUCGUCAGGUGCUGGCCGUAGCAAUGGUAUUGGCCAUCUCUCAUCAACUCUAGAGAAGCUGUGGUUCUGGGAAAAGAAGCUCUAUCAGGAAAUUAAGGAUGAAGAAAAGCUACGGAUGAAGUACGAGAAGUAUUACAGAAGGCUCAAAUCCAUGGAUGAUCGAGGUGCUGAAUCAAGUACAAUUCACUCCGUCCAGUUAUCUGUAAGACAUCUUAAGUCCAAGAUCAGCAUCAACAUGAGUACAGCUAAAGCCUUUUCGUUAAAGAUACAGCAGAUUCGAGAUGAAGAGCUUUACCCUCAACUGGUUGAUCUCAUCCAAAGGUUCAGAAGGUUGUGGAAAGCUGUUCUGGAAUGCCACGAGAAGCAGCUAUUAGCCAUACAAGACAGUAGAAUUCAUCGGCUCAAGGCGAUGACUAAAUGGCUCCCUGAGGUGCAGGAGGAAGUUACAGCAGAUGGGCCCCCUCCUUUCUCCCCAGGCAGGAUUUUAGCACCACCUGUAUUCAUCAUCUCAAAUGAUUGGUUCCAAGCAAUCGAGAUGGUCUCCAAGAAUGAUGUGCUGAGAGCAAUCGACCAGUUCUCUAAAGUCGUGCAUGAAUUCAAGAAGAGCCAAGAAGAUGAGCAGCGACAGAAGCGGAAAGCCGAUCACGCUUCCAAAGAUUACAACAGAAAGUGUAAGGAUUUGGAGAUAGAACUUGGUCUGAGUACCAUGGAGAAUCCUCGCUACAGCCAUGACAACCGUGUAAUGGACUUGGAAAAGUUGAGGAAAAGAAGAGACGUGGAGAGCACUAGGCAUGACAAGACCCUGAGUCAUGCUCACGUCGCAGCUUCAGCUACUCUGCCUAUUGGUUUGGUCCCUGUGCUGCAACAGAUCACCAGCUUCUUUCAAAGAAAUCAACGGGUCUACAUGGAAAUCAGAAUCCAAGGCGCCUGA